AUGCAGCCCAACGGCCACCCAGCGUACUACCAGUACCCUCAGUCGUCCAUCUCCUCUUCAUCCUCAUUACCGCCUCAGUCACCAUACUCGCCCUAUCCUCCUCAAAGCCCUUAUGCGGCAGGAGAGCUGGGACAAAUCCCCCACAGCGGUUCCCCAUACGGUUCGGUCCCUUCGUCCACUUCCUCUCGCUCCUCGUACGGCGCGCCCCCGCCCAUACCUUCACAUUCAUACCCCAGCAACAGCUAUCCCAACCCCCACCCCUACUCGUACUCCAACCGUAUCCCCAGUGUAGAGGCUGUCCCAUCACCGGUGCCCAAAGUCGCCUAUGAAGCCCCCGUGUUCCAGACUUUUCAGGAAAGAAAAAGGGCAAAGGAUGCUGCGCUGAGAGCGAAGGCGAGCCAGGGAGAUCUCAGAGCGGGUAGAGGAGCCAUGCCACCUCCCCCUAUACCUCAGAACCUCCCUCCAGUGCCGCAGAUCCCCCAGGCAGCUUACUCUGUACCGCCAUCAACAAUGAGAGGGCCGUCUCCAGGGCCAGAGGCGAUGGCAAUGAUGGCCAAGCCCGGUGGCAUGGGACCGCCUCCUGUACCCCCAACACGCUCGAGAAGCCCAGCGCCAUCCCCUUCCAACUCUGUUCCCCCAAUCCCUGUGUCCAGUCAAGGAGGGAGGCCUUUGCCAUCCCCACGCGGACGCACGCCGUUGUCGGUGAACACGAGCCCUGCAAGUGGCGGACGCGCCCUGCCGUCUUCACCGGUUCCCCACACUGCUCCUUCGCAGACACCUUCGCCUCACCCUUAUGCCUCGGCGCAGCCUUCUCCCACCAUCUCGACGCCCUCCCAGCAGCAGCCGGAUCUGGAUAGAUCAGAUACCCUGUCGUCUGUAAAAUCGCUAGAUCGAGCGAGCUUUUCGUCCUCUCCCUCCUCUGCUUCAAGAAGACCUCUGCCGAAACCCCCUGGGGGCGUGGUGGCCUCCAAGAGUCUGGAUAGAGGGACUCCAUCAUUGGGAGAUAUGGGAGAGGCGUACCGAAAAGGGAGGAGACAGCCGUCUACCGUCAACGAGGAGAGUGAACCGGAAGACGAGUUGGCGAACGGGAUGAGAGCUAUGGGCAUUCAGGCGAACGGGGGCUCGAGAUCACCUUCUCCUCAACCUCCUGCAAUCGUGGUUCCCACCAUCAGCGCCCCAUCUGAGUCUUCCGACCCGCAUGCCCCCGCCAAAUUUACCCCGCUCCCUUCCUUUUCCUUCUCCGACUCUGACGCUUCAUCAGCUGCCUCGGAGGACGAAUCCAACCAUGUCACACCCAAGGCCGAGCGGACAUCCAAGAAGGAGGAUCCAGAUGCUGCGAUCUCGUUUGCGGGCGCGCCUAUGAUUACUGUCUCGUCCUCUGAUACCGCGGACGAGCCAGCUGGCGAGAUCAGUUUUGCCGUCCCUUCCAUCUCUGUCGGCGGUGCUCCUGCCUUAUCUGUGCCCGUCCCUUCCAUCUCUACCCCUCACUCUCACUCUCACUCUCACCAGCACCCGAAUGACACUCGCACGCGUGUUCAGUCUUCCUCUGCCAUCCUCUGUACCGGCUGUGGCCAGCCUAUCAUCGGGCGUAUCGUCAACGCCAUGAACCAGCGCUGGCACCCUCAGUGCUUCAUGUGCGCCGAAUGCGGAGAGCUCUUGGAGCAUGUUAGCAGUUAUGAGUUUGAAGGGAAGGCGUACUGUCAUUUGGAUUACCACGACAAAUUCGCCCAUCACUGUCAUCACUGCAAAACGCCCAUCGUCGAACCACGCUUCAUCACACUGAACGAUGACGUCCUCGGACAGCGAUACUACCACGAGCUUCACUUCUUCUGCUCCGAGUGUGGUGACCCGUUCUUGGACCCUUCCAAAUCGUCAGCGCCGGGCACCGAAAAAGCUCGUGCAAAUGGAGACGACGAAGGGGAUGACGGAGAGACGAGUGAUUUCGUCAUUCACAAGGGCCAUCCUUACUGCGAGAACUGUCACGUUCGUCUGCAUAAGCCCAAGUGUAAGGGAUGUAGGAAGCCUAUCAGGGAUAUGGCAGUAGGAGCGCUGGGAGGAAAGUGGCACAAGGAGUGUUUCGUUUGUACCAACUGCAAAGGAGAGUUUGGCAACGGACUGUUCUUUCCCCAUCAGGGAGGAGCGUUUUGUACGACGUGCUACCAGGAGACUAUGGUGGGGGCGUGA